AUGGUCGCCGCUUAUCUCCCCCAGCUAGAGCAUGAAGAUCACAAGUAUCUGGAGCCCGCUAUUCCACCCUUUGCGGGGCGCCUCGGCGGAAAUCAGGACUUCAUUGUUGAUCGGAAUGAUCCGAGGAAUGUCGAAGUCCUGAAAGAGGUGCCCGAUGCUGCGCCGUGCAUGAGCCUCGGUGAGAUCUUUGAUCUACGCGGCUUUUUAAGUCCAGAUCUAUGGAAAUUCGCCAUGCUGGAAUUCGUCGCCAGCUUGAUGAAUGUCUUCAUCACCUGCUGGGUGACUACCCACCCGCUUACCCAAACCACCUCGCCCAAGACCGAGGCUGGCGUCUAUCACACUGUCACUUUCUUCUCGCCCCUCUUCGGUGGAAUUACCAACCUGCUUCUCACCCCACUUCUGAUCUAUACCUUUUCCCCAUCCAGUGGGGGGCAUAUUAGCCCGACGAUUACGCUAGCUACAUUCUUCGCACGGAUCAUCUCCUUCCCCCGUAUGGUCUUAUAUUUGGCGGCCCAGACGUUUGGCGGUGCUGUUGCAGGGUUUGCUUUGCAUAGUGCGUACGGUAGCCGUGAGAUCACUAUUGGUGGGUGCCAUAUCGAUACAAGUAUGGUGGGUGUUAGUGACGGAUUGGUCAUUGAAUUCUUUGCCUGCCUGAUUCUGAUCUUUUUGGCUUUCGGUGUUGCUCUCGAUCCAAGACAGGCUAAAGUCUUUGGGCAUGCUACUGCGCCGUGGUUCGUGGGUAUCGUUCUUGGUAUCACGAGUUGGGGCACUGCGUUCACCCGUGAGGGCUAUAUUGGUGCCAGUCUGAACCCGGCCCGUUGUUUUGGUGCUUACGUGGCAUCCAGUUUCCCAAGCUACCAUUGGAUUCACUGGGUUGGACCACUUGCAGCCGCCGUUGGUCACGGCGUUGUCUACUUCGUGGACCCACUCUGGACCGAAAGGCGGAGUUCGCCGUGA